GUUAUUUUCGAAACUAUUUUUAAACUUUAGACUUAACGACUCUGUGUUUAUAAAUGGCUGCACCUACGCUAUAAAUAUUUAAUGACAUAGUUGAUCAGUUGUUUAUUUACACAAGACAUUAAAAAUGAAGAAAACUCAAGCCAGAGGUUCUGUCCAUACUUCCAAAGAUCAGCAAUCAGAUACUAAAGGUGCAUCAAAACCUUCAAGUUCCACAACUUUAGAAAGAAAAUCAAAUGCUUCUAGUAAAACAAAGGUUGGUACAAGUCAAGCUUUGGCACCUAAAGGUCAGCAAGGGAUGAUGCAAAAAUUACAAAAUGCUCAACUUCCCAUUAAAAAAGUUGAUGGAAUGUAUGUGCCAGAAGGCUAUAAAAUGCGUGUUAUAAAGCCAGCAGAGAAAUAUGAUGUUGUUUCAAUGGCUAAAGCUAUGAAUGAUGACUUUGCUCCAAAAUUAAAAGAACUUUUUGAUGUUGAAACAGCUGCAGCCAUUCAAGCUCAAAAAUCUGGAAUGUACAUAGGCUGGAGAUGUCCUGAUUUCAAGCAUGAUUGUCAACGUAUCUUUCAUACUUCUAGAUGUUUCUGUGAUCAUAAAUUAUCUGAACAUGCACAGUAUCAUGCAAAGUCUGUGAAAGUGCCUUGCCAAGUGCCAGGUUGUUCUUGCAAAGCAUACAUGUGGAUACCAAACAGGCCAGAGGACAUUGGAGAAUUUUGGCUUCCAAAAAGGCCUGGUUUUGAUGCAACUGCUUGGAGAGCCAAAUGUAAAUGCAAGCAUACCCACAACUUCCAUGAUCCAAACAGACCACAUCGUUGUAAAACUGCUGGUUGUCCCUGCUUUGGAUUUCAUUCAGACUUUCUUUGUGCAGCAUGUGACAGACACUGGGAAGAGCAUCAGACAUUUUUUGAUUCUGAACAAUCCCGAAGAGAACAGGGAUUACCUGUUGGAACUGACUGGCUGCCAUUUGCUGAGAUGCCUGACCUACGUAACAUAGCCCUGUCUGGAAAUGAAUAUGAUGAUAGCAAAUUUCUGGAGCUGAGACAGUUUGAUGCUAUCCCAUCUAAUGCUAUCACAGGCAAUGAUCAACCUGUUCAAUUGAAAGGCAACAGAGAAGGCGGAACUGGUUUCAAGCCUGUUUAUGACUAAACUUUGUCUCUCAAACUUAUUGGAAAUGCAGGGUUUUAUUAAUUAGUUUCAUUUUGGACUUUUUAUUUUAAGUCUAUAUUUACUCAUAAAAAAAAUUAAUAUGCAGUAAAAAAAACAACCUGAUAAUAAAUACUUAUAUUUAUACUUGUAAUAAUGUAGGUAUUUUAUUUUUUCAUAUUAUAUCAUAUAAUUUUUUUACAAUAGCUAUUUGAAUGAAGUAAAAAAAAAAUAUCUUGAACUUUUGAUAAGUAGUCUACGCAUUUGAUCAAAUGUACCAAAGAUUAUGAACUGAAAGUAUAUAGAUCUGCCACUGUGAUUGUUCAUAGCAUUACUUUAUUUUUUUUUUUUACAUUUUUUAGAAAAUUAACUGUGUAGGUUUUAAAAUAUUAAGUAUUAAUAAGUAUUAAAAUGUUGCCAAAAGUAUUAGCAAAUGACAAUUUUAAUACCAGGCACAAUUAUAUAAAUGGACAAAAUUGUAUUGCGUAUCAUUUGUGAUCUAAAGCUAAAACCUGUGAUAUUUAUUUGUAACUGAUCUAUUUAUAGUACAAUGUUCAUAUAUUUGUAAAUGUUUUAAAAUUUGAAUUAACUUACCUAAACUUUUCAUUGUUGGUAAGUGGAAAUGACUGAUUAUCUAUUAGUUAAAUAAAAAAAAUUAAACUAAAACAAAAAUAAUUCUGUUCUGCUUUCUAAUAGAACUAUCAAGUCUUUCCUAAAUUACACUGUUUUACAAUUUCAGAAUUGAAAUGAGACACUAAUUGAUGACUCUCAUAAGCUGAAAGAAAAAUAAAACUACCAGAGUAUUAGUUGACUUCAGUGUUUAUGUAAAAGUUUGACAUUCUCCAACUACAGAAAUAAAUGAAGACAUUAAAAAGUAUAAGCAUAACCAUAGUGUAAAAUUAAUGUUUAAGUUUUUUGAUUUGCAGCUGAUGAAACUAAUGUAGCAUAAUAAUCUCAGUGAUUUGGUCAUUUAGUAAAUAAUCAGCAGCAAAACGAACCAUGCAGCAAUUAUAAACCAUUAUGCAUACCUUAUAUAACAAAGGCUGUAUUUUAUUUUGUCACAAAGCAAUGUCUACUGAAUUGAUUUAAGUGUUCGUUUCAACAUCUGAACCGCUUAGUGAUAGCUUUUCUUUGGUUCUUCAUAUACUUUUAUGAGGUGUUUAUAAAAAAAAAAAAAGGCAAAA